UUGCUGAGAAAGGCAACGAGGCAGUCAAACACCGCCUUAAGCUUGGCAUAGGACUCUCGUGAGGGUUCGUUCCCGUAGGCUCUGAAUUGCUUGUCUCAGCCAAGCCAGCAGUGCGCUAUCGGUGUCCAUGUAUCUAUCAGCGCGUCGCAAAAGAGCCUCAAAAGAGGAAGCCGCACUCGAGCGCAGGCUUGCGACGGCAUGGCGAGCACUCUCUUUGGACCUUUCGCCAGGACAUACCGCAGCCUGCAACGCAAUGCGCACGAGAAUCCUGCGAUUUUCUACAGCAUCAUCAUCGGCGCCGUUGGGCCCAUCGCAGUCCUGACGGUGCCGCCCAUCAGGCGUACCUACUUUGGCUAUCAGACGCCGGACCGAGUACCGACGAGCUACCCAUUACCACGGAGACCGAGAGACGAGAGCCUUUCCGGCUAUGAUGACGAGUAGAUGUCAGCUUUGGAUGCAUCUACCCGUCGUAUCGAGGCAUCUGCCGAGUCUCAGCAGAGCAUGGAUCACAGAGGGCGCGAUGUAGCGCGUGCGCUCGUCUCGGCCAAAUAGCGCUUCUCUCAA